CAUUUGUCAUUGGAUUGGAUAUUAGGAUAUUGGAUGUAGAUGUAAGUAAUGUAAAAUAGUAAAAUUAUUGGAAUUUGGAAUACAUACAUAAAAUCAAGUGAAAUCAAAUGGAAAUGAAAGUAAAACAAGAAAUUAUCGAGGAAACGUGUAAAAUAGAAAUAAAGGAUAAUGAUUUUUUGGAUUUGAAUGAUGCUCUUUUGGAUGGCUUUAAAUGUGAAAUUCAGGAUGAAUCCAAAAGGGAAAGUACUCAUGGCACAUAUUAUUACGAUUCUUUAGACUUGAAGAAAAGUCCCAUAAAUACAGAAAUAGAGCAACAUGGAAAUGAACUUCUUGGCCCAUUUGAAGAAGACCAAAAAACUGAAAUAGGUUAUCUCCAAGAUGAAAACAAAUUGGAAAUUGAAGAUUCAUCUUAUCAAGCAAAUGAUACGACUCGGCACACUCAAGGGAAAACGUUAAAUAAAAAUACGAAAGUUGUGAGGCGAAGAAGACCAUAUAAGUGUGAAAUUUGUUUUAAGCAGUUUACUACAUCAAGUAAUUUACAAACACAUUCGAAUGUGCAUACUGAAGAAAAACCCUACAAGUGUGAAAUUUGUGAAAGCCAAUUUAAUAGAGCAUAUGAUUUGAAAAUACAUUUGAGAAUACACACUGGAGAAAAACCCUACGAGUGUGAAAUUUGUGAAAAACAGUUUAAUGGAGCAUAUGAUUUGAAACAACAUUUGAGAGUACAUACUGGAGAAAAACCCUACAAGUGUAAAAUUUGUUUUAAGCCAUUUAAUCGAGCAGGUAAUUUGAAGGUACAUUUGAGAGUACAUACUGGAGAAAAGCCCUACAAGUGUGAAAUUUGUUUUAAGCAAUUUAGUACAUCAAGUAAUUUAUUAACACAUUCGAGUGUGCAUGCUGAGGAAAAACCCUACAAGUGUGAAAUUUGUGAAAACCAGUUUAAUAGAGCAUGUGAUUUGAAAAUACAUUUGAGAGUACAUACUGGAGAAAAACCCUACAAGUGUGAAAUUUGUUUUAAGCCAUUUAAUGGAGCAGGUAAUUUGAAGGCACAUUUGAGAGUACAUACUGGAGAAAAACCCUACAAGUGUGAAAUUUGUUUUAAGCAAUUUAGUACAUCAAGUAAUUUAUUAACACAUUCGAGUGUGCAUGCUGAAGAAAAACCCUACAAGUGUGAAAUUUGUAAAAACCAGUUUAAUAGAGCAUGUGAUUUGAAAAUACAUUUGAGACUACAUACUGGAGAAAAACCCUACAAGUGUGAAAUUUGUGAAAAACAGUUUAAUAGAGCAUAUGAUUUGAAAACACAUUUGAGAAUACAUACUGGAGAAAAGCCCUACAAGUGUGAAAUUUGUUUUAAGCAAUUUAGUAGAGCAAGUGAUUUGAAAACACAUUUGAGAAUACACACUGGAGAAAAACCCUACAAGUGUGAAAUUUGUUUUAAGCUAUUUAAUCAAGCAGGUAAUUUGAAUGCACAUUUGAGAGUACAUACUGGAGAAAAACCCUAAAAGUGUGAAAUUUGUGAAAAACGGAGAGCAUAUGAUUUGAAAGCAUAUUUGAGAGUACAUACUGGAGAAAAACCCUACAAGUGUGAAAUUUGUUUUAAGCAAUUUAGUAGAGCAAGUGAUUUGAAAACACAUUUGAGAAUACACUCUGGAGAAAAUCCCUACAAGUGUGAAAUUUGUGAAAAACAGUGUAGUAGAGCAAGAGAUUUGAAAUCACAUUUAAGAAUUCACACUGGAGAAAAACCCUACAAGUGUGAAAUUUGUAAAAAAACAGUUUAGUAGAGCAAGAGAUUUGAAAACUCAUUUGAGAAUCCACACUGGAGAAAAACCCUUCAAAUGUGAAAUUUGUUUUAAGCAGUUUAGUCAAAAAAAUAAUUUGAAAGGCCACUUGAUAGUGCAUACUUAAGAAAAACAUUAUAUUUGCUUUUAGCAGUUUUCUAUGAAAAGUAACUCGAAAUCACAUUUGAGAUUCCACACAUAUGAAAAAUUUCUUUUAAGUCAUUUUGAUGUAGUCUAUGGUUUGAAACAACACACAAGAAGUCAAAAUUGGACUAAAACAGAAAUGGCACCUAAAGAAGAAAUAUGGAUGUUGGUGUACGAUUGUACAAAUCAGAUUUUAUCUUUUUGAGUGUUUGUGACAAAUAGACUUAGGACUUUCAAUUUUAGGAACAGUGUCAGUAUCUUACAGAUGUUCAAAAACUUGUUUUAAAUCAGGUGAAAAACUACUUUUGUGAUAAUGUAAUAUAGAAUUACAUAAU